AUGGAGCGUUGGCGCAACAAAGUGGCCGUGGUAAGUGGCGCCAGUGGCGGCAUCGGUGCUGCCUGCGCCCAAGCGCUAGUCGGAGCCGGUUUGGUGGUUGUCGGCUUGGCGCGUCGCCAGGAACGCAUCGAGGCGUUGCGGGAAACGCUGCCAGCGAACCAGCGUAGUCGCCUGCAUGCGCUCAAGUGCGAUAUACAGGAGGAGCAGCAAGUGCUGCAGGCAUUCGAAUGGACGCAGCGUCAGCUUGGCGGCGUUCAGCUGCUCGUCAGCAAUGCGGGCAUCAUUGCCAGCACCGAACUGAGCGGCGCACAGAAUACGCCGGAGAUACGCCGCACGCUCGAGACGAAUAUCAUGGGCAGUGUCUAUUGCAUACGCGAGGCGUUUCAAUCGAUGAAAUCACAGCAGGCGGCGGCGGCGUCGUCAGGUGGUGGCGGCGGCGGCGGCGGCGGCCAUGUGGUCAUCGUCAAUAGCGUGGCGGGACAGCAGGUGCCCAAUUUGGGGCCGCAGCUGCCAUCGCUUAAUAUAUAUCCGGCCAGCAAGUUUGCUCUGCGCGCUAUGCAGGAAAUCUAUCGUCAGGAGUUUCAGCGUCAUCAGACACAAGUGCGGGUAUCGACCAUCAGUCCGGGCUUGGUGGACACGGAUAUUUUGCCCGCAGAGCUGCAAGGCGUCAUCAAGCAACACAUGCCCAUGCUGAGCUGCAAGGAUGUGGCCGAUGCUGUGCUUUGGACCAUCGCCACGCCCCCCAACGUGCAAGUGCAGAAUAUCACCAUCAAGGCGCAGGGUGAAAAAUUUUAAGACGCUGACACGCCCACUUAAGCAA